AAUUUUUUUUGAUGUUUAUUGAUUUCUUCAUAUGAAUUAGAUAUUCACUCAUAUGAUGUGAAGGUCCUCAAAGUGGCAAUGCGACUGGUUGAUAGAAUUUAAGAAAAGAGAUGUCAGCUGAGGACUGUGUCCCACUACGGCAGUCUCAGAAUUACCUGUGGGACGUCACCAAAAUACUGGGUCAGGGAGCCACCAGUAAAGUGUACAAGGGCAGAGAAAAGAGAAAUGGAGAGGAGGUGGCUGUUAAGGUGUUCUCGUCGGCAGCGAUGCAGAGAAGCCCCGAAGUCCAGGUCAGGGAAUUCCAGGUGAUGAUGCAACUCAAACACGAAAAUGUCGUUCAACUCCUGGGAAUCGAGGAAGAAGAUGUAAAUAACCACAAGGUUAUUGUGAUGGAGUUAUCGCAGUACGGGAGUCUGUACACACUGCUGGACGAGCCCAAAAACUCGCUGGGACUCGAGGAAGAUGAGUUCAUUAUAGUCCUCAAGGAUCUCACUGCAGGAAUCCAGUAUUUGAGGGAAAAAGACAUUGUUCACAGAGACAUCAAACCAGGAAACAUUUUGUUGUUCAAAGACGACGAAGGGAGGUCUGUUUAUAAACUGACAGAUUUUGGUGCUGCUAAACAACUGGAAAGUGAGGACGAACAAUUUAUGUCCCUCUAUGGCACAGAAGAAUAUCUGCAUCCUAACAUUUAUGGCCGAGCGGUGAUUAAGGAUGGAAACACAGGUCCAUUUGAUGCCACCGUUGACCUUUGGAGCUUAGGGGUCACGAUUUAUCAUGCUGCAACGGGACACCUACCAUUUAAAGCAUAUGGGGGAAGAAGAAACAGACACAAAAUGUAUGAAAUCACGAAGACAAAAGAGAGUGGGGUGAUUUCUGGGGUACAGAAGUAUGAAGACGGACCGGUUGAGUGGAGCCGUGAUCUCCCACUUACCUGCCUGUUGUCUGUAGGUUUGAAGAAGUUCUUGGUUCCACUACUCGCCUCACUGCUAGAGAGCAAUGAAAGAAAACGGACAACAUUCGACAGGUUCUUCGAGAAAGUGGCAGAUCUUCUUGACAAGAAAGUUCUGAAUGCAUUUUGUCCAGUAACUUGGUCCAAUAUGAGAAUUUACGUUAACAAAGACACCAAACUGUCGGGCCUGCAGGAAGUGAUCGCUGAGCAGUGUGAAGUGGCAGCUGUCAAUCAAAUCCUGGUUGUUGACGGAGAGUUACUGGAGCAUACAGUUGACCCCCUUGACCCUGUAUCAGAGUAUCCAAAGUCUAUCACAGAGGACAACCCUAUAUUUGUGUUCCUAAAGUCCUAUCCAGAUCACAGAUAUUUCCCUAACUGUGUAUAUCCCGAGUUUCCGCGAUUCAGCAGCUCUGUUCAUAUCAGCAAUGACUACCAGCUGUCCAAGUUGUGUUGUACAGUGAUGUCAUUUCAUCUCAGGCUUGUCAGACAGUACCACAGGAAGUUACAGCUAUUACAGAGGAGUGUCAGGGGAUAUAUACAUGAGCUUCACCAUGAGAUUGACCACUUAGUAGACUAUCUCAGACAUCAGAAACAACAUAACCAGACUUGUCAACUGUGGACAAGGAACUAUAACCACUCCGUGGCCCAGAACAUGGCACUAGUCAGGGGGACCAACCAGGGGCAAGGGGCCAAAGAAAGGGAAAUACUGCUAGAGGGAAAUCAGAAGUAUAUCAGGGACCUGGAAAAACAGGUUGACAACAUAAUGAAGGGAGCAGAGGAACAGCUGAAUCAGAUCCAGAGAGAUGAGCUUCAAAAUAAGAGACUGGAGAGAUACUGGGGGGACGAGAAUCUGGCCUGUCACUCUGAUACUUAUAGAUGUGGAGAGAAAAUUGAAGUGAUGCUGGAAUCAAUGCGGGGGAUCAUGAUCGCAUUUAAAGAGGACAGACACAGAGUGGUUCUAGGCAAACUGGAGGAAAAUAUCCAUAUGGUAGAAAAAAAUCGACUGCAGACACUGUGUUCUAAAUCCCUGUCCAUAUUAGAGAGUUGUAACCGCUGUACAGAAAAACAGUACAAUGCAUACUACAUGUGGUACAAUCAGGCAGUGGACACUCGUAACAGGUGUGAUAAAGUGAAUCUGAAACUGGGUCACCUGGAGAAGAGACAGACAGAAUAUGUCAGUAAAUUAGACGAGUUUUCUAAGGUGAUGAUAGGGAGUAUGCAUGAUAUUGUAUGUGAGCCCAACUUCACACCUAAUAAUAAGGAGCAACAAAGACAAAGGAUAUCUACAAACCUUCUCAACCAACUCAACAACAGAUUGGAAUCGGUAGAAUUGGAGGUGAUAGCUCUAACACAGAGUGUAGAUGAGAAUUCCAAAAUAAUAAAUAGCACUGAACAGCAUAUAAAUGAAGGUGACUUUUGAAGAAUCAUGCAGUUAAAAAGUGUAAACAAAGCUCAGCGAUGUGUGAACAAAGCUCAAUAGAGUGUGAACAAAGCUCAACAGAGUGUGAACAAAGCUCAACAGAGUUUGAACAAAGCUCAACAGAGUGUGAAAAAAGAGUGUGAACAAACUGAUCAGAUGUGGACCUUGUUUAAACCUUUGAACUAAAGUAACGCAACAACAUUUUACCUCAGCACAGCUCUUUCUUUAAAACAGGAGAACUUUAAGGAUUAAUGUGAUAUAUCUCUUCAGCACACUUCAAAACCGUAUUCCCCAAGAUUUGUUGACUAGUUGUGUAUACACAGUAAUAGCUGGUUUAUAGACUAAGCAUGUAUAUAGAGUAAGACAUGUAGAUGGAUUGUGAAAUAAUUGUGUAAUGGUUUGUGUAUAUACAGUAAUACAUGUAGAUGGAUUGUGAACUAAAAGUGGAUACACAGUAAUAGCUGGUUUGUGUAUGUACACUGAUACUGUACAUGUCGUUGGGUUGUGAACCUAAUGUGCAUACUGUAAAACGUGCUUACAAAGAAGUGCUAGGGAUAGAAAAUUUUGCUUUGUUAUAAAAAUAAUUUGUUAUUAAUAUCUUAAGUUCACAAUACAUUUUAAAACCAUGGGGAAUUAAAAUCAAACAGCUGUAAGCAUGAAUCCAGUAUAAGAGUGUUCACUGUAAGCUUGUUUUACUGUACACAGUAAUAACUGGUUUGUGGACUGAUUAUAUAUAAUUAUGUACAGUAAUGCAUGUAUAUGUACUGUAUACACAGUCAUGAAAGAUUAAUA